UUUUAUCUGACAGUAAAUGAUGUGAUGUACAAAGGUGGAGCCUAGUGCUAACUGUAACUGAAGCUAAGCUAAAGGUUAGCCUGACCUGGUUAGACCUGAAUAUUAAACUCAGCUGACGUCAGGUGUUUGGACAUAUUUGCCCACAAAUUUGUCUUACAGGAUGAUCAGGCUGCUGUGACCUUUGACCUCUCCACAGUCUCAUCACUUCCUGUAGAGUCAAUAUUUGAAUUGUGGUUAACGAUCAAUCAAUCAGCUGAAUCUCCGUCCUCCAUUUUAUGUUAGACCGACACUGAGCGUCUGCUUUCACAGGAGACAACAACAGACGACAACAGACAUCAGGAGUUAACAGACAGAUACAGGCAGGCAGACAUGUUGCCAUCUACACGUCUGAUCACAGCCCUCUGCGCUCUGCUCACCUGCUCUGCACUGAUCCAAUGUACAGUGUUUCUGGAUCAGUCAUCAGCCGGUCAGAUCCUCCGCUCAUCCACCAGGAGGCGUCGAGCCAACUCCAACCUCCUGGAGGAGAUGUUACCUGGAAACCUGGAGAGGGAGUGUUACGAGGAGAGCUGCUCACAGGAGGAGGCUGCAGAGAUCUUCCAGACCCAAGAGAAGACAAUGGAGUUUUGGUACAGAUACAUCAAUCUGAACCCUUGUCGGACCAACCCCUGUCUGAAUGGAGGGAUGUGCACUCUGGACCGGGGAGACUUCAUGUGUCUGUGUCCUCCACAGUACCAUGGCAAGACCUGCGAGUCAGUGGUGUUGGAGUGUCGCUAUAGAAAUGGAGGCUGUAUUCAGUACUGCAGAGACCUGCUGGGCGGAGCUGGAGUCCAGUGUGGCUGCGCAGAUGGGUUCAGACUGGAGGCAGACGGACAGAGCUGCUCCAGGACCGUGUCAUUCCCCUGCGGUCAGCAGAGCCUUCACAUGUUGUCCAGAGGUCGAUCUCUGUUGAGCGACCUCACCAUGGAGUUGGACGACAACAGCACGGACAGCUGGCUGCCGAUACUGAACUCAACAGAGAUGCAGGACGAGUGGACGACAGUGAAUGCAACAUCUGAACCGAGAGGAGCCAAUGAGACAGAGCUGAUGGUGCUCACUCGUAUCGUGGGCGGAGUCCUGGUGAGACGAGGAGGGAGUCCGUGGCAGGUUCUGCUGCGCAGGUCUGAUGGUUACGGUUUCUGUGGAGGGACUCUGGUCUCUGAUCGGUGGGUGGUCACUGCUGCUCACUGCGUUGAAGAGACUACAGAUCAUGUGACUAUAGGUGACCUGGAUAAGAAGCGUCCUGACCCAGGUGAGCAGCAGAUUAAGGUGCAGAAGGUCUUCAUUCAUCCUCACUUUCACUCCUACACCUUUGACAGCGAUGUCGCUCUGCUGUACCUCGCCCAGCCCAUCAUUAGGGGGCCCACAGCCAUACCUGCCUGCCUCCCCGACCGCCACCUGUCCAAAUACCUGCUGCAGGAGGGUAACAGGGGCAUGGUGACAGGCUGGGGGCUCAUGCACUACCUGGGGAAAUCCUCCCGGUUCCUCAGGAAGGUGACGCUGCCAGUAGUCAGCUACAAAGACUGCAUUGCAUCCACUGAACAGGUGAUCACGGACAACAUGUUCUGCGCAGGUUACCUGGAUGUCAGUAUGGAUGCCUGCAGUGGGGACAGCGGCGGACCCUUUGUGGUGAACUACAGAGGGACCUGGUUUCUGACCGGUGUGGUCAGCUGGGGCGAGAAGUGCGCCGCGAGGGGAAAGUACGGCGUUUACAGCCGACUGGGGAACUUCCUGACCUGGAUCAGAGGCACCAUGGAGAGAUUGGACCUGAACAGUACCACAAACUGAGCAGACAAGGACUACAAAGACUUUAAUCUUCACCAUGGAGUCCAUGGUGGGUCAGACACUGUGAUCUCAUUGGCUGUGAGCUGACCAGCUGACCAAACUCAAAACAAAACAUUUCCGUUGGUGUGAAAAUCUUCAUUUGUAAAGAAACAGGGUGAGGUCCAGAGAUGUACCCGAGUACAAGUACCCCAAAUCUGUACUUGAGCAAAAGUACUUGAUUUCAGACAGUUACAUUCUUAAUGAAACGUUGUUGUUGUGAUCAUACAUGUCACACGUGGUGACUCAAGAGAUUUAAGGAAAUUUGACUUCUUUGCAAAAAGUUUAUUUGAUAAAAUUCAUAAAAUAUAAAAACAGAUCAAACUUCGGAAAAAUCAAAUAAUUCAGUAAAAAUAAAAAAAAUGUUUGUUAACGAGGCUUCAGUGUUUGGACACGUCUCUUCUUCUGUUGUUAAAGUGACGUACAGUAAACAGACGGCGCUUCCCUCAGGCUGAACACGACACUACAGACACAGUACUGACACACUACAGACACACCACAGUUCAGCCACUACA